GUCUAAUUUGUUUUUUGAUUCGAUUUUAAAAUAAAUAUUUCCAUUGUCCUUUUAGUUUUCACUUUUUCAGAUUAAAAAUCACUUUUUUCCUCCUCCUUCGUUGCUUCCCUCCUUUCGCUCUCGACCGGAGAUUCAGUAAACCACCUUCCCGGAGAUGGGAAAAUACAUUAAGAAGUCAAAAGUCGCCGGUGCCGUUUCCGUUAAGGAUAAAUCUCACCCACCCGCUCUAGGUUUCCGUACCAGAGCCGCCGCCGCUAAAAACCUCGCCCUCCACCGUCUCCGUUCUCAUUCCGACGAAGCAGACUCCUUUAACUACCUCCAGCUCCGGAGCCGCCGUCUCGUGAAGCUUCCAUUACUCACUAAUACCAGAAAACAGCAGAAGCAACAGCUCAUUCCUAGUGUCAAUCAAUGUCAAACGAAAAACCCUAGGGCUAGUUCCGGUCCGGCGAAGAAAUUAGAGCCGGAUACGACGACGGAAGAAGCUUGUGGUGAUAAUGAGAGAAUAUCUAGGUCUGAUUGUAAUUUUGGAGAUAAAGGUUUUGAUUUGGAAUCAGAAAACAGGAGCAUGAUAAGUGAUUCAAAAUCAAUACAAAGUGAGAUUGAAGACUUCUUUGCUAGCGCAGAACAGCAACAACAGAGAUUCUUCAUUCAAAAGUACAACUUUGACAUUGUCUCGGACAAUCCAUUGCCUGGACGUUACGAAUGGGUCAAAGUGAUGCCAUGAAAUGAGUUGUGUUCGAUGUAAAGUUGUGUGCUUUAGGAAACAUCUGUGUUGGAACAGAGGAGAUGAAAAUUGCACACAGACUAACUUUGUGGGGUUUUAGGGUUGGUGUAUAACUUGUUAGUCAAGAAUAAUGUAAUGUUAAUCUCUCUCAUUUGCUACAAAUAAAUGUCUAAUUUAACUGUCAAGUUACUUAAAUUAGUAUUGUAAAUCUCUUCAUUGUUCUUUGGUUACUUCAGUGAAGGUCUGAGUUUUGUGGUUCUG